AAGAAAUAAAAUCAGCCGAACGCUUGUUUGGGGAUGACACAGUCAGAAGACAAGCAGGUCUUUAAUGCUGAGAAUAGGCAGAAUCGACUGAGGAAGCCAACGCAGAUAUGCAAGCCUUCCCUUCACCCGUUUCUUUUCUUUCUUUUUAUCACUUACGGCACAAACCUAUGCAUGUUGAAACGGAAAAAAAAUACAACUCCGAGCAUGCCCCGCUAAAUGCAUAGGAUUGCAUUCUUAAGGUGCAAGAAAAAAAAGGCUUACAACUCCCAGCAUGCCCCCAAAUCGGUUUAUAACUCCCAGUUCCUUGGUAUUUUAUUGGGAUUCUGUGGUGAUUUUGUUGUCUGUACUUGUAUUUCCGCUAAUCUUUAAACUCCCUUGGAGGCUGUUUUGACUGAGAGGUGGGAUAAAAAUCUUGUAAAUAAAGAAGUCAGCUACCCACUAGCGUGACUUGCUGGUCGUAAAAGGAAUAGAGCAGAAUGUACUUAUAAAUAUCAAGACGUCUAGAAACUAAAAGAUGGACCUUUGACAACGCUGACGAGGUGUUUGUCUUUUAGUAUGGGCAGAAUGUAACUCAGUUCAAUUGCAUCACAAAAGCCAGUAUUUUGAAGUCAGCUAUGAGGUCAUCACAAUCUGUCAGGGAGGUGACCAGCAGAUUCCUGCAGCAGGGUUUCCCUUCUGAGCUCAUGGCUGGGCAGGGUCCAUGGCCAGCACAAGAAGGAAAUGACCAAGAGAGAGACUGGAAACUGAAGAGAGACUGAAGUGAGCAAAAGUAAGAAGGCACAUUCCAGAAAUGGUCAGUGUCUGCUUGUGAAGUCUGAUCCAUUCAAAUGUUAUGGUUUCCUCAUAAAAGCAUCCAUGAAAUGACUCUGCUUGGAGGGCCACUGAAAGUGCUUCAGAAAUGCUUCACGUGAUCGGUCCCACCAUAUGGAGCAAUCAUGGGUCAAACCGGAAAGAAAUCUGAGAAAGGACCAAUUUGCUGGAGGAAGCGUGUCAAAUCAGAAUAUAUGCGACUUAGACAACUCAAGAGGUUCAGACGGGCAGAUGAAGUAAAGGUAACUAAGACACCUAAUGCCAAUAAUAAGAGUAUGUUUAAUUCUAACCGUCAGAAGAUACAAGAAAGAACAGAAAUCUUAAAUCAAGAAUGGAAACAACGCAGGAUACAACCUGUACACAUCAUGACUUCUGUGAGCUCAUUGCGUGGGACCAGGGAGUGUUCUGUCACCAGUGACUUGGAUUUUCCAAAACAAGUAAUCCCUCUUAAGACUUUGAAUGCUGUUGCCUCAGUACCCAUAAUGUAUUCUUGGUCUCCCCUUCAGCAAAAUUUCAUGGUAGAGGAUGAGACUGUUUUGCAUAACAUUCCUUAUAUGGGAGAUGAAGUUCUUGACCAGGAUGGAACAUUUAUUGAAGAACUAAUAAAAAACUAUGAUGGAAAGGUGCAUGGAGACAGAGAAUGUGGAUUUAUCAAUGAUGAAAUAUUUGUGGAGCUGGUCAAUGCUCUUGGUCAGUAUAGCGAUGAUGAUGAUGAUGAUGACGACGAUGAUGACGAUGAUGAUGACAAUCUUGAUGGGAGAGAUGAAAAGCAGAAAAAUCGGGAGACCAGCAGAAUAGAGAGCCAUCCUCCUCGGAAGUUUCCUUCUGACAAGAUAUUUGAAGCCAUUUCCUCAAUGUUUCCAGAUAAAGGUACAGCAGAGGAACUGAAAGAAAAGUACAAAGAACUUACAGAACAGCAGCUUCCAGGAGCUCUCCCUCCUGAGUGCACACCAAACAUUGAUGGACCAAAUGCCAGAUCUGUUCAGAGGGAGCAGAGUCUGCACUCCUUUCAUACUCUCUUCUGUAGACGAUGUUUCAAAUAUGAUUGCUUCUUACAUCCAUUCCAUGCAACUCCUAAUACUUAUAAACGGAAAAAUACAGAAACUGCAAUAGAUAACAAACCUUGUGGACCACACUGUUACCAACACCUGGAAGGAGCCAAAGAGUUUGCAGCUGCUUUAACUGCUGAGCGAAUAAAAACACCACCGAAACGUCCAGGGGGGCGCCGAAGAGGAAGGCUUCCAAAUAACACCAGCAGGCCUAGCACUCCAACUAUAAAUGUGUUAGAAUCUAAAGAUACAGACAGUGAUAGAGAAGCUGGAACUGAAACUGGAGGCGAAAAUAAUGACAAAGAGGAAGAGGAGAAGAAAGAUGAGACUUCAAGUUCCUCUGAAGCAAAUUCAAGAUGUCAAACACCUAUCAAAAUGAAGCCAAAUAUUGAACCUCCUGAGAAUGUUGAAUGGAGUGGUGCAGAAGCUUCAAUGUUCAGAGUUCUCAUUGGUACCUACUAUGACAAUUUCUGUGCAAUUGCCAGAUUAAUUGGGACCAAAACAUGUAGGCAGGUAUAUGAGUUUAGAGUAAAAGAAUCUAGUAUUAUUGCUCCUGCACCUGCUGAAGAUGUUGAUACUCCUCCAAGAAAGAAGAAGAGGAAACACAGGUUGUGGGCUGCUCACUGCAGAAAGAUACAGCUGAAGAAGGAUGGGUCAUCCAAUCAUGUUUACAACUACCAGCCAUGUGAUCACCCACGUCAGCCUUGUGACAACUCGUGCCCCUGUGUCAUUGCUCAGAACUUCUGUGAGAAGUUCUGUCAGUGCAGCUCAGAAUGCCAAAACAGAUUUCCUGGUUGCCGCUGUAAAGCACAAUGCAACACUAAACAGUGCCCUUGCUACUUGGCUGUACGUGAGUGUGAUCCAGAUCUCUGCCUGACAUGUGGAGCAGCAGAUCACUGGGACAGCAAAAAUGUGUCUUGCAAGAAUUGCAGCAUUCAGCGAGGAUCCAAAAAGCAUUUGCUGCUAGCACCUUCUGAUGUGGCAGGCUGGGGGAUUUUCAUUAAGGAUCCGGUGCAGAAAAAUGAAUUCAUCUCAGAAUAUUGUGGUGAGAUUAUUUCUCAGGAUGAAGCAGACAGAAGGGGGAAAGUAUAUGACAAAUACAUGUGCAGCUUUCUGUUCAAUUUAAACAAUGAUUUUGUGGUGGAUGCAACGCGGAAGGGGAACAAAAUAAGAUUUGCAAACCAUUCAGUCAAUCCCAACUGCUAUGCAAAAGUAAUGAUGGUUAAUGGAGAUCACAGAAUAGGCAUAUUUGCUAAGAGAGCCAUUCAGACUGGUGAAGAGCUGUUUUUUGAUUAUAGAUACAGUCAAGCUGAUGCCCUCAAGUAUGUAGGCAUUGAAAGAGAAAUGGAAAUCCCUUGAUACCAGCUACCUCUCCAAUAAAACAGCUGCCUUAUCUUCAGGAGUUUCUAGUACUGUGGGCAAUUUUUUUAAAAGAUUGAAUUGAUGCAAUUUGGAAUGCAGAAUUUACAAAGUACUGUACCUGUAAUUUAUAAUGACAAAUCCUAAAAAUCAACUUUUUAUUGCCUUCUCACCAGCUGCAACAUGUUUUGUACCAUUGAACUUUUGCAAUAAUGCAGUGUGGUACAUUUUUGAACCUUGAAUAAAGGAUACUUGAACUUUGAAUUGAAA